AAUUGCAUAAAUAGGGCUGACUCUUUGCGAGUGAAACGAAAAUAAAAAUAAAAAUUUCAGCAUCUUUUUCUCUGGCGCUCUUCGUCUCUUACUGUGCUUGUUCCUUCUCGCGAAUAAAUCCUAGGAGCCGCCAUUGACGUGGGUCUCGCAGAACUCGGAGCUACUCAUAUUCAAUCUUCUUCACUACCACAAACAUCUCUCUAUCCCCCUCGGUGUAAUUUCAGAUACAGGGCAUUGCUUAUUCUCUGCAUCGAUGAAUCCUCAUCCAUAUUCUGCAAAACAGGUGGGGGAUGAAUUUGCAAGGCAAUACUAUCAGACCUUGCAAAACUCCCCGGAAAAUAUCUAUCUGCUUUAUAAAGACAACAGUAAGAUUUCACGGCCUGGACUCGAUGGAACGAUGCGUGUCUUCACUUUAUCGGAUGUGGAUGAGAAUGAUCUUAAAAUGCAAUCUUCUGGUGGUUUUGAUUCGGUUGAGGUAACCAGUGUCACGUCCCAAGACUCUCAUGAGAAGGGUAUUGUCGUCGCUGUUUAUGGCUACUUCACUUUCAACGAGAGACCAGCAAGGAACUUCACACAAAGUUUCUUUCUUGCUCCCCAAGAAAAAGGCUACUUUGUUUUGACCGACAUGUUCAAGUUUGUUGAUAUACCCGAGGCUAAUGAUGUCAUAGAGGAGAAAGUUCCAGAAACAGAGGAAGCUGCACUGAGAGUUUCUGAAAAUGUCCCCAAGCUAUCUUAUGCCUCUGUUGUGAUGAAGGAAAUACGAAUAGGUCAAGGUCAACAUUUUUCGUCUUGUGAUUAUUCUCCAGAGAUAAAACCUAUAAAUGGGAACAGUCGGGAGUCUCAAAUGGUAUCUGAGGGUGCAGCCAUUUGUGUGAAAAAUCUUCCUCUAAAUGCAACCAUUGCCUUGGUUAAGAAUGCACUUAAGCAGUUUGGGGAAAUUAGAAGAGGUGGAGUUAAAGUUAGAAGCACAAAGUACUAUGAAGGGAAAUAUGCUUAUGUGGAGUUUGAGGAAGCAGAUGCCGCCAACAGGGCAAUAAUGGCGUCUCCUCUAAGUAUUGAUGGGUACAGAAUUUACUUGGAGAAGAAGCAACCUUACUACAAAAAUAUAAAAGCUGAUGCAGGUGAUGAUACUGGAAAUGGGAACAGUCAGGAGUCUCAAGGUAAAAAAUUUGAGGAAGCUGCAGGCAUUUGUGUUCAAAACCUUCCUCCAAAUGCAACCAUUGCCUUGGUUGAGAGGGUAUUUAAGCAGUUUGGACAAAUUAAAAAGGGACGAAUUCAAGUUAGAAACCCUGCUAAGUCGAACUAUUGGUAUGCUUUUGUGGAGUUUGAGGAAGCAGAUGCUGCCGAGAGGGCAAUAAAGGCGUCUCCUCUAAAUAUUGAUGGGUAUACAACUGACGUGGAGAAGAAGCUACCUUACUAUAAAAAAUCAGGCCGUUACUGUGAAAGCCCAUUCGCUGGACCAGGAAACAUACACAGAGGCGAGGGAGUGAGAGGAUCACUAGGUAACCCCUUUUGUAACCGGCAGAAGAUGAUGGAGGAAGUGAGAGGAAUAGACGUAAGGCAGAAGUUAAUGAUGGGAUCGAGAGGAGCAGAAGUUUAUGACUUGCACAAAUGGCAAAAGAUUAUGGAUCAAUCGGAGGAGCAGAUGAAGUUUCAGGAGGAAGAAGGACGACAACACAAUCAAAACAGAUAUAGAAGCGAGGAAGUGAGAGGAACAGAAGGAGUUGUUGGUCUGGAGGAAGAAGAGAACCAAAACUGGGAGAAGUUAACGGAGGAACAGAGGAAGAUUCAGGAGGAAGAAGGGCGACAAUACAAUCAAAACAGAUAUACAAGGGAGAAAACGAAAGAAACAGGAGGAGUUGGUGAAGAAGUGAGAGGAACAGAAGCUCACGAAGCUAAUAAUGCGAGUAAGCUUCAGGAGGAAGCGGGACAAACAGAAGUUGUUCAUUCUUGGGACUAUGAGCAGAUAAUGGAGGAACAUAGGAAGUUUCUGGAGGAACAAGAAGAGGAAUCAAAACUGAACCUGACUAGUUAUGUAGAAGAUAUUGAGGCUUUUUAUUUGGGUGUUUUAUGAUCAUACAGUAUAUAUAAAAUAACUUACUGAUUGUUUCCUUUAAUUUAGUGGCAUCAAUGGUCAGACUUAUUAUGGAUCAAUCAAUGGGAUUUUUCAUGAGGAAUUUUGGAAUUUUGACUCGAUGAAACUGGCUACUAAUGAAAGAAACAGGAGGAGUUGGUCAAAUUCCGGAGGAAAAAGAAGAGAAUCCAAACUAAUUUUGACUAGCUAUAUAUGUAAUUAUAAUGAUUGAUAUGUAAGUUGACUAGGAAGUUACAGUAAAAGAACACGCAGAGAUAUUGGUUCUUAAAGUGGCAU